GCGGCGCGUCGCGGCGGCGGGCCAUGGCGUUCACAUUGUACUCGUUGCUGCAGGCCGCGCUCCUCAUCGUCAACGCCGUCGCCGUGCUGCACGAGGAGCGCUUCCUCCGACACGUUGGCUGGGGAAGCGAUCAAGGGAUUGGAGGAUUUGGAGAGGAGCCGGGAAUUAAAGCACAGCUAACGAACCUCAUUCGAUCUGUACGAACCGUUAUGAGAGUGCCAUUAAUAGCAGUGAACUCCGUUACAAUCGUUCUCCUCCUGUUGUUUGGUUGAAGAUACCUGGUGAAAAUCUUUUGGACAUCCAAAGAAGCAAGUUGCUGACCAUCACUGCUCUGAGUUUACUGGGAUCCAGCACGGUUUAGCUGUCAAUUUGACGUUCAACUUAAAAUAAUAAAGACACUAUUUCUAUUUAUCCUA